UGUUGGAUUUGAUAGUCUUCCUGACCAAUUGGUCAACAAGUCCACAUCCCAAGGGUUCUGCUUUAAUAUCCUCUGUGUUGGUGAGACGGGCAUUGGUAAGUCAACAUUAAUGGAUACUUUAUUCAACACCAAGUUUGAAAGUGACCCAGCUACUCACAAUGAGCCAGGAGUCCGGUUAAAAGCCAGGAGUUAUGAGCUUCAGGAGAGCAAUGUACGUCUGAAACUGACCAUCGUUGAUACUGUAGGAUUUGGAGACCAGAUAAACAAAGAUGACAGCUAUAAACCAAUAGUAGAAUAUAUUGAUGCCCAAUUUGAAGCCUACCUGCAAGAGGAAUUGAAAAUCAAGCGUUCGCUGUUUAAUUACCAUGACACUAGGAUCCAUGCUUGCCUUUACUUCAUUGCCCCCACUGGACACUCUCUGAAGUCCCUUGAUCUUGUCACCAUGAAGAAACUGGACAGUAAGGUGAACAUCAUCCCCAUCAUAGCAAAAGCAGACACCAUUGCCAAAAAUGAACUGCACAGAUUCAAGAGUAAAAUUAUGAGCGAACUUGUCAGUAAUGGUGUUCAGAUAUACCAGUUCCCUACAGAUGAAGAGACAGUGGCAGAGAUUAACGCAACAAUGAGUGUUCAUCUUCCAUUUGCUGUUGUUGGAAGUACUGAAGAAGUGAAGAUUGGAAAUAAGAUGGCAAAGGCCAGGCAGUACCCGUGGGGUGUGGUUCAAGUUGAGAAUGAAAACCACUGUGACUUUGUAAAGCUCCGGGAGAUGCUGAUCCGAGUAAACAUGGAGGAUUUGAGAGAACAGACUCAUACCCGACACUAUGAGCUGUACCGACGUUGCAAACUGGAAGAAAUGGGAUUCAAAGACACGGAUCCUGAUAGCAAACCCUUCAGCCUUCAGGAGACAUAUGAAGCAAAGAGAAAUGAAUUCUUGGGGGAACUUCAGAAGAAAGAGGAAGAAAUGAGACAAAUGUUUGUCAUGAGGGUGAAAGAAAAAGAAGCUGAACUGAAAGAGGCAGAAAAAGAUCUUCAUGAAAAGUUUGACCUUCUAAAGCGGACACACCAGGAAGAGAAAAAGAAAGUAGAAGACAAAAAGAAGGAGCUAGAGGAGGAGGUCGGCAACUUCCAGAAGAAGAAGGCUGCCACCCAGCUCUUACAGUCGCAGGCGCAGCAGGCUGGUGCCCAGCAAACCAAGAAAGACAAAGACAAGAAAAACUUCUUCUUUAUGUAAUCAUCAUGUUGGCAAGCCCUACUCUCUCCUAAUGGACAGUAGCACAUUAGAAGAGCAGGAGUUGUAUGUACACACCUGUUGGGGAAGAGUUACCUCAUUUCCACCAUCGCCUUUCCUUUUAUACCGUGGGUCAGAUAUCGCACUGUUGUGUCUGUUUGUCAGUGUCUGCUUGCACACUACUGGUUAUAGUGUGUACUCAACUAAAUUAUCACCUCCAAAACAAAAAUUAAUGAAAACAAGUCAAGUGGAACACGACUUGGGCCAACAACCAAGCUAACACAUUGAAAUCCUCUUGUUAAACUGUACAAUGUAUAUUGUUGUUAAUCUAAUGACAAGAGGCUUAUAGACUGGGGACAGUGUGCACCCGAAUGAGAAAUGGCCACAGACUGGUAUUAAUACCCCUAUAAACUCAAGCUAAUUCUCACUCUAGACCUGAGAGCAAUCAUAACCAAGACUCUCAGUGAUCAGGUGCUUAAAUCUGGAAAGCUUUUUUUUUCUUUUUUUCCAUUAGUUUGGGGCGGGGGGUGACUUGGUGUUUGGUUUGAUUUUUUUUUUUUUUUUUAGUGAUCAAAUAUUGCAUGAACAGAGAUGCCAAUCAUUUUCUAUAUGAAGUAUUGUAUUGACAAUGUUUUUAUUUUUCCUCUAAUGUUCUGAUUUUGAAGAGAGUGAAAUGGGCAUCUUUCUUGUAAAUUCAAGACCCACUGAUUGCUGUGUUUGACUUAAAAUAUUUUUCUGGUACCUGGAACCCUAUAACAUGUUAUUUGGGUGGUUUUUUUCCCCUUUAACUUCAAGUAAGUCACACGUGUUUUCAUAAACAAAAUGUAGAUCUGAUAUCAAAAGUGUACCUAUCCUUAUAUUCACCUAGGAGUGAAUCAAGUGCCAAAACUUGUAAGAUGGAUAUGAUCUAUUAGUACCUUCUCCUUAUUCUAACUGAUACCACAAAGCCAUUAUAUAUUGCUAGAUCACAGGCCAAUAGUCCUAUUUUUAAUUAUGAGUCUCAAGAGAAAUAAGGCCCAAACACAACAAAUGCCUAAGAUUAGCACAGCUAGUAAAUUUGAACCUCUUGUUCCCUUGCCAGUCCAUUCUUACUUUUGGUUCCAGAAGAGUAAUAACCCCAAAUGAAACCCCUCCCUACCUUGUCUUGAACUUUUAAUGGAUAAGCUUCUCUUACCUCUAUUCUUUUAUGUGGAUUACAUUUCUAUGCACACACAGGUGUGUAAUUCAGUUCACAUUUUUUUUUUUUGUGAAAAUCUCACACACCAGAGUUUUCUAGAAUUGUAUUGCCUUUCUUUGAGACUUCACUCUGGUUCCCUUGAGUAACUUGGAUUCUAUAGAAACAUUCCAAAGUUUCUUCCUCUUGCUAAGUCUGUAAAGGUGGACAAACAGGAUACCAAAGUGUAGAAUGGAUAGUUUUAUUUUAAAAAAUAUAUAGCACCAUAACAAACUACUCUCAACCCAUGGAUUUCUAGCACUAUUUUUUUAGAGAAAUCAGAUUUGUGCCCUGGUUGCUAUACAAAAAUUCCCAUUUAAGAGAAAUGCUGGCAAUUGACUCAGAGUUCACACCUUCAUAUCAAGAUCUUCAUAAAGCUGUCCAACCAGUCUCAUGAUUUUUUUUCUUUUUAAAAUAUGUUGUUAUUGUCACAGCA